CCAGGACGCCACGGGAAAGCGCGCUGAUUGGUUAAAAAUCACCUGGCAACGACGCAACGAAACAACAUCAAAUGCGGCUGACAAAAGAGAUCUAGAGAAAGCAAUUUAUGAGGCUUGAUUACUUCGUAGGUUCAAAACGAACAGAAUACUGGCUUCGAUCGCAACAUUUAUAACAUAUGAUGAUCACAACUAGUCAAAGAAAGCCAUUAGCGGUUUCAAAGAGAGGAACAGGAGGAGAUGGGAUUUAUAUGGACCGAAACGGUAAUACAGAUGUAUUACCUCCAUUGAAACCGUCAACGAAGGGUAAUGUGAAGGCUCACGAAUCGAACGUUUCUGGAGCUUUACCGCUUGUUGGAGGAGUACAAGUACAACAACUAUUUGAAGAAGAAACUAACCAACAAAACAAGGGCAAGAUCGCCAACGAAAUACAGGGUCUUCCAUCUGUCCAUCGGCCAGUAUCUUAUUCUGGAAAUGCAUCCCCUGCGUCAGGAAGGAGAUCUAGCUUGAACGGAUCGGGAACGCUGAAAUCUAGAGGAUUACCCAUGACGCCGGAGCAGGCAAUGAAACAGUUCAUGCACAAGCUAACCAGCUACGAACAUCAUGAGAUCUUUAACUAUCCUCAAAUUUGGUUUGUUGGCCCAAAUGCAAAGAAACGUCAGGGUGUGGUUGGUGGUGCGAAUAACGGAGGCUAUGACGAUGAUCAGGGUUCUUACAUUCAAGUUCCACACGAUCAUAUUGCUUACCGCUACGAAGUUGUUAAGAUUAUCGGUAAGGGAAGCUUCGGGCAGGUUGUGAAAGCUUACGAUCACAAGACUCAAACAAAUGUGGCUUUGAAAAUGGUCCGUAACGAGAAGCGAUUUCACCGACAAGCUCAGGAAGAAAUCAGGAUUCUCGAACAUCUGAAAAAGCAAGACAAAGACAAUGGCCACAAUAUUAUUCACAUGCUAGAACAUUUCAAAUUUCGCGAACACGUUUGCAUGACUUUCGAGUUGUUGAGCAUGAACCUGUACGAACUCAUAAAGAAAAACAAAUUUCAGGGGUUUAGUCUACAACUGGUGCGGAAGUUCGCACACUCGAUUCUACAAUGUAGCGACGCAUUACACAGAAAUCGUAUAAUUCAUUGUGAUUUGAAACCGGAGAACAUUCUUCUCAAGCAGCAAGGAAGGAGUGGGAUUAAAGUGAUUGAUUUUGGCUCUAGUUGCUACGAACAUCAACGUAUUUACACGUACAUUCAAAGCCGAUUUUACCGUGCGCCUGAAGUGAUUCUUGGCGCCAAAUACGGCAUGCCCAUAGACAUGUGGAGCUUUGGAUGUAUUUUAGCUGAACUUUUGACUGGAUAUCCUUUGUUUCCCGGUGAAGAUGAAGGAGACCAGCUCGCUUGCAUUAUUGAACUACUUGGCAUGCCUCCUCAGAAACUAUUAGAUAGCUCUAAGCGGGACAAGACGUUCAUUAAUUCCAAAGGAUAUCCGAGGUAUUGUACAGCAACAACCUUGCCAGAUGGAAGCACAGUUUUGACUGGUGGUCGUUCUCGACACGGUAAGACGCGAGGCCCUCCUAGCUCGAAAAAGUGGCAAACGGCUUUGAAAGGCUGUGAAGAUUCACAGUUCAUCGAUUUUCUAAGGCGAUGUUUAGAAUGGGACCCUUCUCAGCGUAUGACUCCAUCACAAGCCCUUCGUCACCCAUGGCUUCGAAGGCGCUUGCCUCGAGCACCCGAAUCGAAUGCGACCGUGGAGAAAUCAUACCAACAGCGUAAUUCAGGCUCGGGAGUCGCCAAGCUUCCGCCAGCUGCCCCAACAUCAGGGAAAACCAAGCCACGAAGACAAAUCGAAGAGAUUUUGGACGAUGGUCGUGGGGUAACAGACUCCGCUAAACUUAACACCAGAACUGUGUUGCCAAAAAUAGUGGGAAGAUAAUUUUACCCAACUUGCAAGAAGUACACGAUUUUCUAAUCCGUUGAUACAAAACGAACAAUUUAAGCGCCUUGCUUUUAUUAUCAAGGUGACAAAUGAGUUAAUUUUGAAAGAAAUAUUUAUUUUUUGCUCCUCUUUGUUCUAUUUUUUUAGGAAUUUUUUAGUUUUAGGUUAAUUACACCUAGAGAGGUAAUUGAACGAUCAACUUGUACCUUUCAAUUGUAAAUCUUUUUCCUCAUACAUGUACGCAUAGUAGUACGGUUGCGUAACAUAGCUUAUGAUGAUUUUAGCUUUAAGCGAAUUUUAUUCACUGCUUUUGUCAUGGAAAUAAUUCUAUAACCUAACAAGUUAUAACUUAUAAAGAACUGCAUGGCAAAACACCCUGUGUAUACGAGUGAAGUUAGGUGUUAUUGUUAUUAUUGGACUUGUAUAUAAAAGUUUAGCCAAUUCUUAUUCAUCUUCACGAAAUUAACAAGAAUGUUGUUUAUCUGUGACAUAGACAUUAGUCAUAGGGAGGAAAAGAAUAAAUAUUUUCACUUUUCC